CUAUCGCCACAAAACAAUUAAUAUUCCCUGUUUAGUCAACUUAACUCAAGCUGAAAUAUGAUUCGUUUGCUUGGCAACCACAAAUGGUGUUCAAUUGCUUCAAUCCGCUUUUAUGGCGAUAGUGUCGAUGCUAAGAUCCAAGAGGAGGAGCUCAUCAAGGAGCAAACAAAGGAUAUCAAGGAAGAGCAACAAUCAAAGCCGAGCGAACGUUAUUUAAAAUUUAAGGAGAAACUGCGAUCGGAUGCACCAGUAAUCAAGGUGGCCAAAGGCAUGAUACAUCCGGCUCACGAGAAGGAGCCUCUGUUGCCCUGGCCAAACAAUACCAAUCCACAUACAGGUGAAAUUGGUGGACCACGCGGACUGGAGCCCACACGCUACGGUGACUGGCAGACCAAGGGCCGUGUUACAGAUUUCUAAAAAAAAAAAACAAAACAAGAAGAUAAAACACCCAUUCAACACUCAUACCUCCAUUUGACAAGGCUAGCCUUCAUGAACACUGAUUUAUUGGCCGUGUUAAGAACAGAAGCACUUACUAUUUGUUAGACUCGGCCGCUGCUGAAAUAUCAUUUGGAACGGUAGCAGGGAGAUCAUUCAACCUUUAUCAUUGUUAUUUGCUCUUCUGCGAAGGCAUUACAUAAAUUUCAAUUGUGUGGUUUUCUAGAAUUUAUGUUCCAGCAAUAAUAAAAUAUAAAUUGAUAGCCUCUUCUACGGGCUGCUCUCGCCAAGAGAAAGGGUUCUCGGAA